AAAUAGUAAAUACAAUGGAAAUUUCCUAACUUUGGUGGAAUGAGUCCGAAAAUCUUGUAAAAUACUGUUAGAGGAAGCCGCCUUUUUCUUUUUGGCGAUGAUGGCACAUGGGUGGCACAGUUCAGUGCCGUCUUCUGUAGGGCUGUCACUAUAAAUAUGAUGGUUUGUGAAGCAAUUUUGGUUCACCUCACCUCACCUACUGCAGAUCUUCUCUACUGGGGCUUUCUUUUUCUGCUAGUCUUGUCCUUGUCUUUCAACUGGGUCUUUCUUUGUUUCGAUUUCUUGUUUUUGGAGUCGGUUUUGUUUGUUGGGUUGAAAAAGAAGGAAAGAUAUAUAUAAUGGAGGGUAAGAAGAAGGGGUGUUCACCUUCCUCAUUCACUGCUGAUCUUUUUGGUGCCAAGGAGUCGUCACCAUCAUCGUCGGUGGGAUCUUUUGCGUCCAUUUUUCCGCCUCCAUCAGCGGUGGUUGGGAAGAACUCCCCGAGCACUGAGGUAACAGGAUCUUGGCAAAAACAAAAUCCAGAAAUUCAAACAUGGAACAUGAAACAAGGGACUCCAGCUGUCAGUAGCGGGGGUGCGUGCAGUAGCAUUCCCAACAAGGACAGGAGUUCAAUUUUCCAAGAAGAUAGAGUGGAACCAUGUCAUCUAAGUUCAUCUCUUUAUUAUGGUGGGCAAGACAUCUAUUCCCAGUCCCCAAGUACCCAAACCUCUGGAUACCCUCUAUUCAAGGAACAUGGGGCAGAAGAUGAAAAUGGAAACAGUGCGUCUCGAGGAAAUUGGUGGCAAGGUUCACUUUAUUACUAGGGCCUUGCCUUCCCGGGCAUAAGAAUUCUCCAUCUGUUUUCAAGGAGUUUGUGGAGCCUGGUGAUAUGCAGGCAGAUAUGCAGUAUAAUUAAGUAGCGAAUGUAGUUAAAAAAGAAAAAAAAAAAAAAAAAAAAAGAGUGGUCAAUGUAGUUGAACAAUGUUUAUGUGCUCUUUUUAAGCUGUAAUUACGAUAAAAGAUGGAGAAAAGGGCCUUGAGUUGUUUCCACAUGUGCCAAUAUAAAUGCUUGAAGUUUCACCCAUGGAUUUUUAUGCAAUUAUGCCUAAUAUCCAGUGGCUGAUAUCUUUCAAUUUGCGUUC